UUCCUUUUUUGUCUUUGCAAACUUCCUUUUUUGUGGAUGAAUGAUGUUUCAGAAAGUUAUUAAGAAAAAAUGAAUUACGUAGGUGACGUAAGCAGCCAUUUAAUCAUUUGUGAUGAUACGUCAGCACUAGUACGAUGGGCAACAUCCGUACUCUGAAGUUAAACAUUUUUGUGGAGAGUAGUAUUGAGAUAGAUAACAUGUAAAGAAGUCAAUGUGAUUUACCCAUAGAAAGUAACCAUUCAAUUGACAAUCCUUGCCCACUUACGAUUUCUGUUAUAUGCCCUAUAUGUUGCUCAAAUAUGUUGUCACAUUACCUAGAGUAUCUCUUGUUCAUUUAGAUGUCAAUGGACAAUGAAUAUGACACUAAUAUGGGUAAAAAUAUUUGACUCUCAAAAGAAGCUUGCUUUAUCAAUAUAGAUUAAACCUCACAUUCUAGACAUCAAUCAGUAUAGAUUUUCAUAAACCUAAUUAAGUAGACAAACAUUUCAGUCUUCCUCCAUCUGUAGAAUUACAAAAUCCAGUAAGGAUAUGAAUUUCAAUCAAAGCAUUCUCAACCACUCUGAAAUUUUCAAAUAAACAUAUUGCAAAGCAUUGCAAGUGAACUUAGAGCAUCCUUCAAGCCAAGUUUCUUUUAGACAUAAAAUGGUGUCAUCUACUCAUGUUUGUCAAUACACCCUUAUCUACCACUUAUGCUCAAACCCAAAAAACCAUGGCAUUGACACAAACCCUUGAGAGGAGAAGGGUAUAUUGUGUCUAAGACUCAAGAUGGUCAUUACGACAUGUAUAAGCAAUAUAAUAUUGACGAGGAUCUACAAAAAAUAGUAGAAAUUGGCCUCACAUCAUCGAAUUCAUUCGUUUGUUCUCUUAGGGAUUCAUUAGGAUGAAUUCUCUUUGUAUAGUAGUAGUCAUCACAAAGCUCUAUAAUAAAAAUUAUGACAAAUAUCAUUAUGCUAACUUAAAAUUGUGUAUUGUUUAAAUUAAAUAUUAAAAAAUUAUUGAUUAAAUGUUGACUACUUAGUUUUUGAAAUAAGUAGUUACUUAUUUACGAUCUCAUAAACAUAUAAUAAGAGACCAUAAAUAUGUUCAUAAAAAUAAUUAGUAAAGAACGUAACUUAAAAAUUUAAAAUAGUUAAGCAUAUGAUGAAUUAUUUGAUUAAGACGUGAAAUUUAUCCGGCCAAUAAUAAAGCUAGUUUGUGUUAAAAAGUAAAACUUGGAUGGACAAUGUGGACCGGCCCGGUCAUCUGCAAUCCUGGGCCUGACUGUAACGAUGAGCCCAUCCGCCCAGGACUUGCUCGCUCUUCACAAAUGGGCUUUUAUCGGUUUCUCUGGCGGGAAAGCUGGAGCGGUAUGGCGGGAACUGGGAAAAGAAGAACCGCAAGCAAAGAGAAAGAUGCGAAAGCGAAACCCAUGGCUUAAGCACUACAAACGAAACAAAUUGAAGUUUGAAGGAUUUGAACUUCUACUUCUGCUAGUCGUUCCUCUGUCUCUCGCUCAGACGCUCACUACGCCCAUUUCAGUCUCGUAUCUGCUUUAAUCCUACCCGCGCAGCUGCUUUGAAGAUGGGGAAGAGAAAGAAAUCUAGGGUUUCGCGUGAAGAAGAGGAAGUGGAAAUGGAAGAAGAACGGGUGGAGGAGGAGGAUGAGGAGGAGCAUCAAGAUGAUACGGAGAUGGCCGAUCAGUCCUCCGGCGACGAGCAGAGCCUCUACGAGGUUCUUGGUGUGCAGAAGACAGCAUCCCAGCAAGAGAUAAAGAAAGCAUACCAUAAAUUGGCUUUAAGACUCCAUCCAGAUAAGAAUCCUGGUGAUGAGGAAGCAAAAGAGAAGUUUCAGCAACUACAAAAGGUGAUAUCAAUCCUUGGGGAUGAGGAAAAACGCACACUUUAUGACCAAACUGGUUGCGUCGAUGAUGCAGACCUUGCAGGGGAUGUUGUCCAGAACUUGAGGGAAUUUUUCAGAGCUAUGUACAAAAAGGUUACUGAAGCUGAUAUUGAGGAGUUUCAAGCAAAUUACAGAGGAUCCGAUUCAGAGAAAAAUGAUCUGAUUGACCUUUAUAAGCAGUGCAAGGGUAAUAUGAACAGGCUCUUCUGUUCUAUGCUCUGCUCUGAACCUAAGCUUGAUUCUCACCGUUUCAAAGACAUUCUGGAUGAGGCGAUAUCUGCAGGAGAGCUGAAAGCCACGAAGGCCUACGAAAAAUGGGCAAAGAAGAUCUCUCGAAUGAAACCGCCUACAAGUCCCUUGAGAAGAAGGGGGAAGUCAUCAACAGAAGGGUCAGAAAGCAAUCUACUCGCGGUUAUAUCCCAGCGGCAAAGCCAGAGGAAAGAUCGAUUCGACUCUAUGUUCUCUUCUCUGGUCUCCAAAUAUGGUGGGGGUAGCGGCCCUGGCACAUCUUCGGAACCAACAGAUGAAGAAUUUGAAGCCACAAGGAAGAAACUUGAAAGCAGAAGGGCAUCCAAGAAGGCUGGGAGAAAGUAGUAGGACCAUGAUGUAGGAUGAUUUAGGUUUGGCUAAACCAUUCAGAUUGUCAUACUCAUACAGAUAUUGCUUGGUCAUGUUAAUUCCCAUAUCAGAUGCCUUCGAAAUGGUAACAUUAUGCUCAUUACUAGUUCGAACCUUGAGGCUACCAAUCUCGUAUAUAUAGAAAAUGUUCGUUUUCGACAUCAAAGAAAACACACCCUAUGAUUAUCGGGUUGGAUCCUUAUCCCUAAUAAUAGGUGGUUGUAAUAUUAUUGUCAUCAUUCAUCACCUCGAAGCUUUGUGCCUAAUUAUUAGAAAUUAGGAAUUUGGUGAUCACUAUGCCCCAUCUAAAGCAUAUCCAAACUCCAUCAUCAAUUUUCUUUUAGGUAUCCAAACCCACCAUUAUUAUUAAUAAUACUGGUGGGAAGGUGUGAUUUGAUGAUAAUCUGCUUUUUGGUCUCACAAUAAAGUGUUUUUUAAUUA